AUGGCACAGAGUGGUCUUCCGGUGGUUAAAAUCGCUGGCCCAUUGUUCUUGUCGCUCUUAUUCAACUUUGCGGGGUUCGGUGUGUUGACGGUCCAAGUUUACCUCUACUUUCUGGCGUUCCCCAAUGACCCAUUACGCUCAAGGAGUAUUGUCUACAGCGUCUAUACUCUGGAACUGGUUCAGACCGUCUUAAUAGCGAGGACGCUAUACGACGAAUUUGUAUUCGGGUUUCUCGAUGUUGAUUCUCUCGAUCGUAUUGGAGAGAUAUGGUUCGCCGUACCUAUCGCUGGAGGAAUUGUAACAUUUAUUGUUCAGUCGUUCUACGUUCAUCGCAUUGUGCAGCUAGGGCAUUUCUUGGGUCGGCGACGAGUAAUUGCCAUUGCUUGCGGUGUAAUUUUGGUUUCUUUUGCACAGAUGGCCGCUGGAUUUACCCUCGGAGUCCAAAUGUUCCAAGUUUCUUUGUAUAGUAAAGUCAUGGUACCCGAAAUUCAGACUUCAGCUGGGAUAUGGUAUGCGGGUGGUGCUAUUUGUGAUAUUGUGAUUGCUGUGUGUAUGACAAGUAUCCUCUUACGUUCCAGUGAUGGGAUUACGCCAAGGACACGUAAGAUUGUCCGGAGACUGAUACGAUUGACCGUCGAAGCUGGCAGUUUAACAGCGGCCAUGGGCAUCAUCACCAUCGCUUUUGUUCUAAUGCCUUCUCCAGAAACAUAUUACCAGACAAGCGCGGCUAUACUUUCAAAAUUGUAUUCCAACACUAUGAUGGUGGUCCUCAAUAGCAGAAUGGAAUUAUCCAGUCGAGAGACAGAUACUCAAAUGUCCCUAAUGUCUGGCGUCAAAUUUGCCACUAGAAUGCCUGUACGAGGACAGGAUGGUGUCCAUAGAAGUAGUAGGGAUCCAGGGACGGAAACACAUAGGAUUACGGAAAGCGAUACUGCGUUAAAUUAA